AUAAUCUUAGCUGACAUACAUGUAAUACUAAUCAUUUUUCUGUACAAAUUCCUGAAGCUCAUUGGACUACUUGUAUAUUACAAACUUUGAUCAAAGGUCCGCCUCGUUUUUGACUGUGGGAUACAAUUUUCUUUAUUUUAAACAAUUUGCAGCAUUUUGAACAUGACAGGUAAUGUUCUAUUGAUACUCGUAUUUACAUGUCGAAGGGCCCGUCGAGUUUUAAAUUGAGAAUCGAAUUCAUAGCAGAUUACGAUAAAAUCAAAUUUCCUUUGGGUUUAAACUGCAUUUUCUGGUUUAUUGACCAAUUAAGAUUUAGAUGCAUGUAUCUUUAAAAUACAUUAUCGACACUAGGAAGUGAUAGGUUUCUCUGAAAUCAAUAAGCUGUUCUAAGAAAUAUACAACAGAUUAGACGGAAGUGGAAGUACAAGGUUAAAUUAAUUAAAAAUGGCGAGUCGGAUGGGUUUGUGUCUCAGAAAGCAAAGAAAACAUUUCGCAAAAACUUUUGUAGGAGGUACCGGAGUUUUGAUAUUCUGGGCCUCCAUCGUUUCUCUGUUAAUGGUCGUGUUUUUUCGGAAAGAAUGUUCUUCCGAUUCUCACUUACUUCCCCUGCUGAUGGUCCCCACCAGUGUCAUGGGCCUUUUCACGGGCACCUUCCUCUGGGUAUUUGUUGGGUUCCUGUGGGAUAGAGAAAUCAGAGAUUUUAUGCAGUUUAUGGCCGCCUUCUCCGUCAUUGUCACAUUCAUUUUGGAGUUUGUAUCCUUUGGUUUUGCCAUGAGUCAGCUGGACAGUCCAAAAUGUGACAACCCUUUCUACGGCUACUCCAUCGGAAUGCCCUUGACCUUGGGAAUUCUGUUUAUUUUACUCUUUGUUGUGUUCGGUUUUGAUCGAUGUAAAAACUCGAAAACACAGCCACAGGAUUAAUAAAAUUGUGCAGGUUCUUGGACGAAAUAUAUAUCAUUGUAAUAACAGAACUUGAGAACUUGCAUAUUGGUUGUCGAAUUUUUUAAGUGUGCAUUUAUGAAAAUAAAAUAUUGAACAUUUUAA